UUGAUGACAAUCCAGUGUAAUCUCAUCCGAUUUCCUCAAUCCUCUCGUUUGUUCAUCCAAAUCCUCUUUUUAAUAGACGUUACGUUAUGUCAACACAUUGAAUUACAUUUAUUCAACCAAAGAUAAACAUGUCGUGUGUAAGGACGAGAGGCAAAGGAUGGAGCUAACUGUUAAUGACAUUCGCUUUUGUUUAAAACAACAACCAAAACUCAUCCGCGGUUUAAUGUGUCCCGUGAAAAACCCUCCGACUGGAACGCUUUAAAAUUAACUAAAGUUUUCAAUAAACCAACGGUAAACAUGUAGCGUGUAAGGAGUGUCAAAGGAUGGAGCUUUACUGUUUUAAUGACAUUCACGUUUGUUUAAAAUAACAACUAAACCCGUCAUACGCCGCUUACGCACAACGGAAUUGUGUUGUGUGAAAACUCCUCCGACUAGCGCUCUCUAAAAACAACUGGAGUUCCGUGGGUGAGUUAUGUAAAACCUCUAUAAACACAACAUGGUGGGUGAAUAAAGCAUUUUAUAUAAAUGUGUGACACCCUAUCUUUAUAACAGUAUACAUCCAACAAUGGACAGAGUCGUUCAUAGCAUGAUAAAUUAUAAUUAAAAUGUGUUGUUUCUUUUUUUUUGUUUUUUAAUAAACCUCAAACAGUUGAAAAUAAUAAUCAAAGUAAAUACAAAAACAGUACAAAGAAGCGCCAGGGGGUUGUAAAUUCAAAGUAACUAAAAUAUGUAUUUUUUGGUAAUAUCGCUUUUGCUGACGUCACAUGUAGUCGCCGAAGAAGUGGAUUACGUCAUCAAGCUGCACCGCGGCUUGUCGGCUGUUGUCUGACUGCGGGACGGCGGAGAAAAGUCACCAAAACGCCCUCGAACAACCAGUUUUCAACUAAGAAGAAAUCCAAUGUUUUAAUUAAUGUAAGGUGACGUGUUUGAGGAGUAGGGGGGUGCUACCAUGCUGGCUCUGGGGGGGCUCCGCCUCUUGCGGCUGCCCGCCAGAGCUGCCUGUGGCGCGGCGUUCCUCAGGAGGUCUUCGCCUUCGGCCACUCACUCUGACAGCUCGGCGGGACACCGGCUGUCCUCUGGGGACGCCGCUUCCGGGUGGUACCAUCAGGUGUCGCACUCGGCCCCUGUGCACCUGGCCGAAGACUUCCUGGUCCACGUCCAGCAGAGCAGCGGUCUGCCGUGGUGGCUCAGCAUCGUCGUCGGCACGCUGUCAGUCAGGACGCUCGUGACGCUGCCGCUCGCCGCCUACCAGCUCGUCAUUCUUGGCAAGGUGGAGGCGCUCCAGGCGGAGAUUGCGGUGCUGGCUAAGAGGCUCCGGUACGAGGUGUCCCUGCGAGCGAAGGAGAGAGGCUGGACGGACAAACAGUGCCGGUUCCAGUUCCGCAAGAACUUGCGCCGCGUGGUGUCCCAGCUGUACAUCCGGGACAACUGUCACCCGUUCAAAGCCAGCCUGCUGGUGUGGGUCCAGCUGCCCCUCUGGAUCAGCCUGUCCCUGGCCCUGCGGAACCUCAGCCUGGAAGAACUGGCCCUGAGGCCGGAUCUGAUGACUGGCGGCGCUCUGUGGUUCGCCAACCUCACGUCGCCCGACGCCACCUGGCUCCUCCCACUUUCCCUGGGCCUGGUGAACCUGCUCACGGUGGAGGUAUUUUCCCUCCAGAGGUCCAAGGAGUCGUCUUCUCACAAAUGGCUGACCAACGCCAUGCGAGGCUUUGCCCUGCUCAUGAUCCCCGUCGCCGCCGCCGUCCCUUCCUCCAUGGCGCUCUACUGGUUCUCCUCCAGCGUGGUGGGCCUGGGUCACAAUCUGCUCCUUCGUUCUCCCGCCCUGCACAAGCUCCUGAAAGUUCCCAGCAGAUGCUCAGACACGCCGUACAGAGACCUGCUGGCCGCCCUGGUGGCCAAGUACCGCAAGUAAACUGGAACAUUUUCCUGCUGGACUCGCUGACCCCGAGCUAGAACUUCAUUUCCUGUCCACUGUAGACAAUACAAAUCUACUGUGGACCCUCAAACAUUUCCUGUUUUCCUACUCACUGUUUUUGUUUUUUUCCUGUACAAAGUGUGGAAGCUCCUCUGCUACUAAACAAUGACCCAACAGUGAGUCAGAAUCAUGAGACAAAAAGAUGAAAUGAUGAGAUAAAAAGUCAUAAUCAUGAGAUAAAAAGAUAAAUUAGGUAUCAUGAGAUAAAAAGAUGAAAUGAGAUGAAAAGUCACAAUUAUGAAAUAAAACGUUGAAAUAUAAAUGAGAUAAAUGGGUUAUACUUGUAUAGCGCUUUUCUACCUUCAAGGUACUCAAAGCGCUUUGACAGUAUUUCCACAUUCACCCAUUCACACACACAUUCACACACUGAUGGCGGGAGCUGCCAUGCAAGGCGCUAACCAGCAGCCAUCAGGAGCAAGGGUGAAGUGUCUUGCCCAAGGACACAACGGACGUGACUAGGAUGGUAGAAGGUGGGGAUUGAACCCCAGUAACCAGCAACCCUCCGAUUGCUGGCACGGCCACUCUACCAACUUUGCCACGCCGUCCUCAUCAUUUUUACUUUGUAUCUCAUAGUUAUGACUUUCUCAUAAAUGUCAUAAUUCUGGUUUUUGAUCUGAUUAUGACUUGAUUUAAUUUUAACUUCUGAUCUCAUAAUUUUAACUUUAUCUCAUAGUUGACUUUCUAAUAAUUUUGACUUUUAAUCUCAUAAUUUUAAUUUAUCUCAGUUAUGACUUCUCAUAAUUAUGACUUUUAUUUCAUAAUGUUGAGUGUUGAUCUGAUAAUUAUGACUUUUGAUUUAAUAAUUAAGACUUAUGAUCUCAUAAUUUUGACUUUUGAUCUCUGAAUUUUGACUUGAUUGAAUAAUUAUGACUUUUUAUCUGAUAAUUAUGACUUUUGAUCUGAUAUGACUUUUGAUAGAAUAAUUAUGACUUGAUCUCAUAAUUGUGACUUUAGAUUGAAUAAUUAUGACUUGAUCUGAUGACUUUUGAUAUGAUAAUUAUGACUUUUGAUCUGAUAAUUAUGACUUUUGAUCUCAUAAUUGACUUUUGACCUGAUAAUUAUGACUUGAUCUCAUAAUUAUGACUUUUGAUCUCAUAAUUAUGACUUGAUUCAAUCAUGACUUGAUAUAAUAAUUUUGACUUGAUCUGAUAUGACUUUUGAUCUCAAAGUUAGGACUUGAUUUGAUCAUUAUGACUUGAUUUAAUAAUUUUGACUUUUGAUCUGAUAAUUAUGAUUUGAUCUCGUAAUUAUUACUUUUUAUCUGAUCAUUAUGACUUCUCAUAAUU